AUCUGCAUUCUUCUCACAGUGCCGUUUCCAUGUGGGAGGAUUACAGCUCCUGAAGCCAAAAGCAAGAACACCCGAGCCAUAAACACCUUUGACAAGUGGUACUACAAUUCUACCGAUGAUCACGACGAAGCAACAGACAAUACCACACAAAUCACACCCAUCAUUAAGCAAGUUACACGAGUCGUUGGUGGAGUGGAAAGCGGGAAAGGUGAAGUUCCUUGGCAGGUUCAUUUGCAGAAUAGUAAUGGAGUAGGAUUCUGCGGAGGGUCUAUUGUCAAUGAAAAAUGGAUCGUAACAGCAGCGCACUGCAUUGAGCCUGGCGCACAGAUUACUGUCGUGGCAGGGGAACACAACACGGAAGUCAAUGACGGUACCGAGCAAUAUCGCCAAGUGGUGAACAUCUUUCCUCAUCCCACCUAUAAUGCCAGCCAAAAGAAGUACCAUAAUGACAUAGCACUGCUAGUGCUUGGGACCCCGCUAGAGUUCAACAGCUACGUCACCCCCAUUUGCAUCGCCAGCAAGGAAUUCACCAACAGCCUCGUCAAACAUGGAACUGGCACCGUGAGUGGCUGGGGGAGCCAGCUGUUCCGGGGAAGGGUGGCCACAGUCCUACAGGUUCUGAAAGUCCCAUUCGUUGACCGUGCAACGUGCAUGAGAAGCAGCAGGUUUUCUAUCUUACAGAAUAUGUUCUGUGCGGGUUACCAUUCAGAGGCUAAAGAUACGUGUGAAGGGGACAGCGGGGGCCCUCAUACCACAGAAAUAGAAGGUACCUGGUUUCUAACUGGAAUAACCAGCUGGGGGGAAGAGUGUGCAAAGGACGGCAAAUAUGGUAUCUACACCAAAGUAUCAGAGUACGUCAGAUGGAUAAAAGAUAGAACAAGAGGUUAAUCAACAUAGAACUAAACCUUUCUAUUGCUUUUCUGUGGAAUGCCUGAU